GGCUGCGAGCGCCGCCGCAGGAGAAGACCGACGCUCAGCCGGAGCCAGCCCGCGGCGCCCGGGCCUGGCCGGCUGCUUCCCUCCACCCCAGACGCCGCUGCCGCAGGCACUGCCAAGGCGGGCGCAGAGGAACGCUCGGCCACUCGGCCCUGCCCGGCCCGGCGCGGCCCGGAGCCGCGGCGCGGGAGGUUCCCCAGGAAGCCAUCACACUUUCCUUCCCACUGUGGUUUUGGGAGCAUGAAGGCGUUGCUUACUCCCUUUGUCUGGUUCACUGUAUGUAGGCUGGGAGUGUCUGCUGAUGUCUUGGAGUGCUGUCUCCUAGAACAGGAGGAAUAAGAUUGAGAUAUUUAUGGAACACAUAUCUGUCAGCUGAAGAGGAGACAGUGACCUUGGCUUCUAAGAUUCUGCACUAUCCUGAUUCUCUGCCUGCCUCUCAGAUGUUUAAAAACCCCUUCCUUUUUCCUCCUGGAUGUGGAUGUAACCCAGGAUCCCUGCAGUGGACCAUGAGACGGUAAUGUCCACUGAGGACCUCUGGGAGCCAUGUCAGACGAAUCCGCCUCAGGGAGCGAUCCAGACCUGGACCCAGACGUGGAGCUGGAGGAUGCGGAAGAGGAGGAGGAGGAGGAGGAGGAGGUGGCAGUGGAGGAGCAUGGCAGGGGUGACGAGGAAGACCUGCUGGAUGCCCUUGCGAACCUUGAGAACCACGAUUCUACAUUCUGUCUCUAUGAUUUUAACUACUACCCAUCCCUGGAAGACAUGUGUGGCACUGAGUGUGCCCAGCUGGGGGAAGAUGGGCAGCGGCCACCGCGGUGCACUUCAACUACCUCAUCUCAGUCUGAGCCUUCAGAGCAGCUUAGGCGCCACCAAGGCAAGAGCCUUGCCUCCGAGGACCCCAAAAAGAAGAGAGCUCAGAAGCCCUCCCACAUGAGGAGAAACAUACGCAAGCUGCUCCGGGAGGAUCAGUUGGAGCCAGUUACCAAAGCAGCACAACAGGAAGAAUUGGAAAGAAGAAAACGCCUGGAACAGCAGAGGAAGGAUUACGCAGCCCCCAUUCCCACCGUUCCCCUGGAGUUCCUUCCCGAGGAAAUUGUCUUAAGAGCAAGUGAUGGACCCCAACUGCCUCCUCGGGUCUUGACCCAGGAAGUGAUUUGUUUGGACAGUAGCAGUGGCAGUGAGGAUGAAAAAAGCAGUCGAGAUGAGGUGAUUGAAUUGAGCUCUGGAGAGGAGGACACUCUGCACAUUGUGGACAGCAGUGAGUCUGUCAGUGAGGAGGAUGAGGAAGAGGAGAAAGGAGGCACCCAUGUGAAUGACGUCUUAAACCAGCGCGAUGCUCUGGGGCGGGUCCUUGUCAACUUGAACCACCCUCCGGAGGAGGAGAAUGUCUUCCUGGCCCCGCAGUUGGCACGGGCAGUGAAACCGCAUCAGAUUGGUGGGAUCCGGUUCCUGUAUGAUAACCUGGUUGAGUCCUUGGAGCGAUUUAAGACCAGUAGUGGCUUUGGCUGUAUCCUGGCCCACAGCAUGGGACUGGGGAAAACUUUGCAAGUGAUCUCCUUCAUCGAUGUCCUCUUCCGCCACACGCCAGCCAAAACCGUCCUUGCCAUUGUGCCGGUUAAUACUCUUCAGAACUGGCUGGCAGAGUUCAACAUGUGGCUCCCAGCUCCUGAAGCCCUUCCAGCUGACAACAAGCCUGAAGAAGUCCAGCCUCGGUUCUUUAAAGUUCACAUCUUGAAUGAUGAGCACAAGACAAUGGCAGCUCGUGCUAAAGUGAUGGCUGAUUGGGUGUCAGAGGGUGGGGUGCUGCUGAUGGGGUACGAAAUGUACAGACUCCUCACCCUGAAGAAAUCCUUUGCCACAGGUAGACCGAAGAAAACCAAGAAACGUUCUCACCCGGUCAUCAUUGAUCUGGAUGAGGAAGAUCGACAGCAGGAGUUUCGAAGAGAGUUUGAGAAGGCCUUAUGCCGCCCUGGCCCUGAUGUGGUAAUCUGUGACGAGGGACACCGCAUCAAAAACUGCCAGGCCAGCACCUCACAGGCCCUGAAGAACAUUCGCUCUCGCCGCCGGGUGGUGCUGACUGGAUACCCCCUGCAGAACAACCUCAUCGAGUACUGGUGCAUGGUGGACUUUGUGCGCCCAGACUUCCUUGGCACCCGGCAGGAGUUCAGCAACAUGUUUGAGCGCCCCAUCCUGAAUGGACAGUGUAUUGACAGCACGCCUCAGGAUGUCCGCCUCAUGCGGUACCGGAGCCAUGUCCUGCACAGCCUCCUGGAGGGCUUUGUGCAGAGGAGAGGCCACACUGUGCUGAAGAUUCAUCUCCCUGCCAAGGAAGAAAAUGUGAUCCUGGUGCGACUCUCUAAGAUCCAGCGAGAUUUGUAUACACAGUUCAUGGACCGCUUCCGGGACUGUGGUAGCAGCGGCUGGCUGGGGCUGAACCCUCUCAAGGCUUUCUGUGUCUGCUGCAAGAUCUGGAAUCACCCCGACGUGCUGUACGAAGCCCUUCAGAAGGAGAACCUGGCCAAUGAGCAAGACUUAGACGUGGAAGAGCUUGGUUCAUCAGCGACUAGUGCCCGCUGCCCUUCACAGGGAACAAAAGGCAAGAGUGAGGACAGCGCCUCAAUGGGAGAGGCGACCAAUAGCAAGUUCCUACAAGGGGUCGGCUUUAACCCUUUCCAGGAGCGAGGCAACAACAUUGUCACAUAUGAAUGGGCCAAGGACCUUUUGACUAAUUACCAGACUGGUGUCUUAGAGAACUCUCCCAAGAUGGUACUGCUUUUCCACCUGAUUGAGGAAAGUGUGAAGCUUGGAGACAAGAUCCUUGUGUUCAGCCAGAGCCUUUCCACCUUGGCUUUAAUCGAGGAGUUCCUAGGCAAACGAGAAGCGCCCUGUCUACCUGGUGCUGAGGGGCAAGGAGUACAGAAGUGGGUUCGAAACGUCAGCUACUUCCGGCUAGAUGGUAGCACCCCUGCCUUUGAGAGGGAGCGGCUCAUUAAUCAGUUCAAUGAUCCCAGCAACCUCACCACCUGGCUGUUCCUUCUCUCCACAAGGGCUGGGUGCUUGGGCGUGAAUCUGAUUGGUGCCAACCGAGUGGUGGUGUUUGAUGCUUCCUGGAACCCUUGCCAUGAUGCUCAGGCAGUAUGUCGGGUAUACCGUUACGGCCAGAAAAAGCCCUGUCACAUCUAUCGCCUUGUGGCUGAUUUCACCCUCGAAAAGAAGAUCUAUGACCGUCAGAUUUCCAAGCAGGGCAUGUCAGAUAGGGUCGUGGAUGAUCUCAAUCCAAUGCUGAACUUUACUCGAAAGGAGGUGGAGAACCUACUGCACUUUGUUGAGAAGGAGCCAGCUCCCCAAGCAUCCUUGAACAUAAAGGGGAUCAAGGAGCCAGUCCUGCAACUUGCCUGUCUGAAAUACCCUCACCUCAUCACCAAGGAGCCUUUUGAGCAUGAGUCAUUGCUCCUUAACCGAAAGGAUCACAAGCUGACCAAAGCUGAGAAAAAAGCAGCAAAGAAAAGCUACGAGGAAGACAAACGUACAUCGGUCCCCUACACCCGCCCAUCAUAUGCUCAGUAUUACCCCGCCAGUGACCAGAGCCUGACCAGCAUCCCUGCCUUCAGUCAGAGAAACUGGCAGCCAACACUGAAGAGUGAUGAGAAGCCUGUGGCCAGUGUUCGUCCUGUACAGUCCACCCCAAUCCCCAUGAUGCCACGGCAUGUCCCACUGGGAGGUAGUGUAAGCUCUGCCUCCAGCACAAAUCCAGCUAUGAACUUCCCAAUCAACUACCUGCAACGUGCGGGAGUCCUUGUGCAGAAGGUGGUCACCACAACAGAUAUUGUUAUUCCUGGACUCAACAGCUCCACAGACGUACAGGCAAGAAUUAAUGCUGGUGAGAGCAUCCACAUCAUCCGUGGGACAAAAGGGACAUACAUCCGUACCAGUGAUGGGCGAAUCUUUGCUGUCCGGGCGACUGGCAAACCAAAGGCCCCUGAAGAUGGUCAGAUGGCUGCCUCAGGUUCCCAGGGGCCUUCUCUCGAGUCUACAAGCAACGGCAGACACAGUGCCUCAUCACCCAAAGCCCCCGACCCUGAGGGGCUGGCCAGGCCUGUCUCUCCAGACAGCCCGGAGAUCAUCAGUGAGCUCCAGCAGUAUGCAGAUGUGGCUGCUGCCCGGGAAUCCCGUCAGAGCUCCCCAAGCUCCAAUGCUGCCCUGCCUGGCCCCCCAGCUCAACUUGUGGACAGCAGUGCUGUUCCUGGGACAGCUCUUGGGACUGAACCUAGACAUGGGGGUCAUUGCCUCAAUAGUUCCCUCUUGGUGACCGGCCAGCCCUGUGGUGACAGGCACCCAGUGUUGGACUUAAGGGGCCACAAGCGAAAGUUGGCCACACCACCUGCUGCCCAGGAGUCAGCCCGCCGGCGGUCCAGGAAGGGCCAUCUGCCAGCCCCCGUGCAGCCGUAUGAACACGGGUAUCCAGUUUCUGGCGGGUUUGCCAUGCCACCCGUCUCCUUAAACCAUAACCUCACCCCACCCUUCACCUCCCAGGCUGGGGAGAAUUCCCUGUUUAUGGGCAGUACCCCCUCCUACUACCAGCUGUCCAAUUUGCUGGCAGAUGCCCGCCUGGUGUUUCCAGUGACUACUGACCCUCUGGUGCCAGCAGGCCCCGUCAGUUCCUCUUCCACGGCUACCUCAGUCACUGCCAGCAACCCCUCCUUCAUGCUCAACCCCUCUGUACCAGGGAUACUACCCAGCUACUCACUCCCAUUCUCACAGCCACUCCUGUCCGAGCCGAGGAUGUUUGCGCCUUUUCCUUCCCCUGUCUUGCCCAGCAACCUUUCACGGGGCAUGUCUGUCUACCCAGGCUACAUAUCCCCACAUGCAGGCUACCCAGCUGGCGGCCUUCUCCGGUCCCAGGUGCCUCCAUUUGACUCUCAUGAGGUUGCUGAGGUGGGGUUCAGCUCCAAUGAUGAUGAGGAUAAGGACGAUGAUGUAAUAGAGGUCACUGGGAAAUAGCUGGGGAGCCCCUCUGCAGCUCACUCGGGGCCCCAGCAGGUUGCCCACCAAGAUGGAAGGCAGCAAUCUGGGCUUUCUGAGAAUAGGGCACUUGGCAGGAGGGAAAAGGAAGAGGACAAAGAAGGGUGGUUGACCACAGGUGGCAGGGCUCUGUUGCUGUUUAACAAAAGAGGCAAAAAUAAUCCAACAGAGCAGCAAUAGUGGGAAAUCAGGGACCUAAAACAGGAAUGGAGAGGCAGGGCAGUCUGCCUCUCUUCCUGCCUGCCUUGCUUAUGCUGUCUGCUUGCUUGCUUGCCCAUCUGAGGGUAGAUGCUCACAUCCCAUUUCUGUCUUUGGGAACAUUCUCUCCCGAGAGAGCUGCCUUACUGGGUGAUUUAGCUUGGCCUGGAGAGGGAAGGGGAGGGAGGGAGGGUAAGAGAAGAAGGGUAGGCAGACUGAGAUUCCACGUGAAGUGGAAUCCUUUUAGGGGGUGGGAAAGAAGCAGACCAGGUAUGUGUGUGUGUGCCUGUGCGUGUGUGUUUAUGUUUGUACUUACAUGUAUGUAACAGAGCAGGGGUGAAGGCGGGUGGGAAGGGAGGGAGGGAGGGACUAAAGGGGAAACUAAGAAAUGAAUUUAUCUUUUGUAAAAUGGAAAUCAGAGUGUGGUGGUUCAUGGCAACUAUUAGUAUGAACAUCAGGGUGAGCCCAGGAGAAGAGCCAUGGAAACCACAAGUUUCCUUCUACUUGGGUGAAGACAAGGCCCAGCUAACCCACGUCCCUGGUUAUCAGAGCCAGACUUGUUUUAAAAUUUGGGGGAAAUUAUUAGAGAAAAUGGGCAUUACCAAUCUGUGUCUCUUUCCCCAGUGGCUGUCUCUGAGCAGAUCUCCCUUUCUGGGGUGUGAGAUUGUCUGUGUGCAGAGACUGGGAGGGAGAAGCAUUGCAGUGUGUGAGUGGGAGGUCAUGGAGUUGUGGCCAGAAAAAACAUUCUUCACAAGGUUGGAACUGAGCCCCCAGCUGCCUGUUCUGGUGGCCUUUCCUUUUCCUUCUCCAUUAGAGAGCUCCAUGUUAAUUUAUUUCUUAAGGGCAAUUAUUUAUUAUUUGGACUUUUCAUGUGUCUUGGUUCUUUUUUGGGGGGGUGGGAGGGGAGGUUAGGGUAAGGAGGGUAGGAGAUGGGAAGGGAAAUUUUAAGAUAUCUCAGACCCCAUAGCUGCUGGUGAAUAAAUCCUGGGUAGAUGGUGAAUUGACCAAGGAAAGAAAGUUAGGCUUGACCAAGGUUUACACUAAACAACUAUGUUUUCAGGAAAUGGCCCCUCAGGAAGAUCAGGGAAUCCUGUGACUGGAUAGUUAGUGAUGGUGAGACUCAUUCCACAGUGCUUGAAAUUUAGGAUCAUGGAGUUUGCAAUUGGGAAGUAAGUGACCCCAAAUUUGGAGCUGUGUCCUCCUGGGAUGACCUUAGGGACAGGCUCUCUAUGCUGACUAGUGAAGCUGUGUAUAGGUGGCUGCUGGGUUGAGGGAACAGACUGUUGAUUUCCUAUUGGGAAAUGUCUUGGCUUCCUCAACGUAUCGGAUGAUCAUUGUGGGCCUGGUGUCUGCUACCUCCAUCCUCUUUGAAGGAACAUGGAGGAGCCCUUCCUCUGUAGGAGACUUAAAUCGUCUUAAAAGAAUACAUCAGUCAUUCUGGGUCUCCGCCAGGGGCGAGGGGGCAUCUAGGCGUUAAGCAUAAACACUGGUUGUCUUCAUAUUGCCUUUUUCCCCCCUGCUGCUAAGACCUUGCUGGGCAGUUCUUUAUGAUGAACAAACCCUGUCUGGCUUUAGAGCUUUACCACCUACCCAUGGGUCCCUCCUCACUGGGCAGCUGCUGCACCUGCCUCUGCCAAGCCCUGGAGGCAACUUAGCCAGCUCACCCCUAGUAGUAUCUGCUUGCUUCUGCAGCUCUUCUGACCAGCCUGUUUCCAUUGUUGGGGAGUCUUAGCACACUCUGGCAUAUUAUCCCCAGAGAAGAGACAAGGAGAUGGCUGAUGGAUGGGUGUGUGUGUGUGUGUGUGUGUGUGUGUGUGUGUGUGUGCACUGUUCAGUUACACCAAAAGUGGAACUUAGGGAGCUUGCUUUCUGUAUUUUCAUAAGCACCCUGUCAGACAUUUAACUCUCCUACUUAUAGAAGCCUUAGACCUACAAUUUAGCUAUGCAAAUUAUUUUAAUAAUUUAAAAACAGCAGUUCCAACCAGUGCUUUCUCUUUCAGAUGCAUCCCAAGAAUGAAUGAUGAAGGGACUCAGUUAGAGUGGGCUCUCAGGUUGAGGCUGGUUAAUGGGAGUAAGCUAGCCUGGAUCUCUGAUUUGCAGAGCACACUCACAACCUGGGUUACAACUGAUGCCUCUAAGGCUCCAGAGCACUGGGAUCCCAGAAAUUGUGUGUGUGUGUGUGUGUGUGUGUGUGUGUGUGUGUGGAAGGAGGGAUAUUUCUAUGUUCACCUCUAGGAAAUCACAGCAGCAAGCUCUGAGAAUCCAGAAACUAUCCCAGCAAGGAACCAAAACCAGUCACUGAAGGGAUGGGCUUUUGAAGGUACCGGGAAGUAAUGGGUGUUGUGAGUGGCAGCAUGUGCCUGCUCUCUACCCAGUGGUUCCAUGGGCUGGGUCUUGCUUCAACUCAGGAGAGGCCAUAGUUUUGGGAGGCUGACCUGGCUAGACAAGAUUUUCUUUGAUAUGUGCAGCUUAUAUUGUGUAAGGGGGUAGGGCUGGGAUCAUGGGAAAUUAAGAGUGCUACUGGUUCCAUGGUUUGUUUUGUUGUUGUUUUUUUUUAUUGAACCUGAAAAUACUUUGACUUUUCUGUCGUCUCUUUCUGUGUGCUGGUAGGCAAGCGUGCAUGCACACCAAACAUAAGCAUAUGUGUAAGGGUAGCAGGAAAUGUCUCAGAGCCCAAGAACCAUGUUUUACAGUUCCUUUGAUCAGAAACACUUGGUGUUGAUGUCCACGCACCGUCCAGGCCUGAGUAAGGGAAGGAUGGUGAUAAGGGGGAGGGCAGAAGAUCAGGUCUAGGUAUCUUGCCUCGCUACUGUCUUCCAUAGAAUGUUUUCAAGGGCCUUUCAAGCCCCAUCUGUCUGGUUUAGCCUAAAUCCUCAGCCUAGGGAAUAUAGUACAAUUUAAUAAUUCAGGAUUACCAUUUGUAAUAAUGCUUUAUUCCCUUUUCUCAGUACCUUUGUAGAUAAAAAUUCAACAGAGACAGAUUAGCCAUUUAAUUGAGAAAGUAAGUGAACCAUGUUGGAUCCAGAUAUUUUUCUUCAGAUUAGAUAUCUGCAAAGUUUUCACCCCCUUGAGUUAUGCUUCUUAAGCAUCUUUUGACUUAAGGAUGUCUCUGGUCCUUGGAACUCUAUUCCCUAGGAAUUAGUGUGUGGAAUCACUAUAUACUUGUGAUUCACAACUAAAUAUGAAAAUUUCCCACUCCAGGACAUGAAGCAAAUCGUUGGGGUAAUAUUUUGCUGAUAGGUUGAAACACUCAACCAAACUUUAGCCGUCUGGGUAGGACUGUCACUCCCAAAGCACUCAGCAGAGCAAGGCUCUCUGCUUGUCUGUUCAUGCCUGGCAUUGCUCUGGAACUGAGUCCUCAUCCCAUGGGGAAGGUCUUCUGGGGCUUUACAUUCCUUGUUCCUAGUGUUCCUGGCCAUGACCCCCUUGUGCUUCCCAGUUCCCUGUGAUUCCACAGAAGACCAGUCUCUCCUUUCUGAGCCAUGGCCUCCUAUGCACCCAACUCAGUGACUCUUCCCCCAUCAAAACUCCUGAGAGAAGAGCUCCUUCCCCCAUUAGUUCCCCAAGAGACUUUCUGGCCCUCUGCUGACUGUUCCCAAGAAAUCCACACCUCAAGGUCUGCCUGAGAAGGUUAUGCUCUCCAUCAGUCACCUUCAGACUCUAUUUCCCUCCUACUGACUCUUCUCUGCUGUCCUGUGUAUUCCACUGUGACCCCUUAAUGUCUGUUCUGUGCCACUGGCUUGGCCCUAGGCCUUUUAUGAAUACCCGAGUCUUACGAUGAACUUCCUGAGCAGGCAGUGUCCAACUUCUUUGCUCUUCAGGGACCUUAGUCUGCUCCUUUCCUCUCUCAGAGGUCUAUUUGAUAUAGUAAUCUAGUGCAUUGGAGAGAGGUAGCUAGACAGGCUGCAGAGUCUGUAAGGCUGGGGGCUGGGAGUGAUUUGGGUACUCUCUGUUACCACUACUGGGAUAAUAAUCAGAAAAGAGGGGACCUCAUACUGUGACCUGACCCAGGGCCCUCCCCUGGAAGAGAGCUCAGCCCAGGUUUGUGUGUGUGUGUGUGUGUGUGUGUGUGUGUGUGUGUGUGUGUGUGUGUGUGUGUGUGAGAGAGUGUAUGUGUGCACACGCAUGCCCUUGUGCACGUGGGUGUAAAUUGUUAUCUGGUUGUGUUACUCAGGGUGGGCUGGGGACUCACCAGAAGAAUCCCCUCAGCCCGCCCAAGACUGUUUUUUUCCUGUACCCUCUCCAGAGGGGUCGGGGAAGGGGGUCCAGGUGGGUUGAGGGGGUCACAAUGGAUAACCACUAAGGCCACACUGCUGCCAGGAGGAGUGGGGUGGGGGAGAGAUGAGGUGGCCCCAGGGACCUGGCACCUGGCUUUGGUUUUCCAUCUUCUUUCUUCAGGACACCCCCUGAGGCCUGGGACCUGCGCCUGGCUUUGAGGAACAUCUGUAGCUGGGUGUUCCAGCUGCUGGUGUGAUCAUGGGCUUCCCUCCUCUCUCAGCAGGGCAGGUGCUCCUGCCCCAGAGACUGGGCAACUGGCUGUUUCUAUGACGUAUUUAUUUUUACUUGUGUUUCAUGUCACUUUUUUAAAAAAGCAAACAGAACAAUUGUAAGUCAGUAUAACUGCCUAUCAGUUUAUUUCUCUUUUUGUAAAAUAAAAUUUAAACUGAA